AUGCACUCCAGGUACCUUGUCUCUGGUCUUCCCAGGGUCCUCCCUCCUCUCCCUCCCUCGCCUGCUCCUCCCUGUCUUCCCUGUGUCGAGGGGCGGCAGCGCGCCGCUCCUCACUCCUCCUCCUUUCCCCCGACGACUGCUCCCUUGCAGACGCUCCACAUGGACGUGUGGGGCCCAGCCCGCGUCCGUGGUCAGGGUCAGGAGAGGUACUUCCUGAUAGUUGUUGACGACUACUCGCGCUACACCACGGUCUUCCCCUUGCGCACCAAGGGUGAGGUCCCUGAUGUUUUGAUCCCUUGGAUCCGCAGAGCUCGUCUCCAGCUCAGCGAGCGUUUCCACUCGGACUUUCCUGUCCUGCGCUUGCACUCUGACAGAGGUGGUGAGUUCUCCUCCGACCUCUUGGCAGCCUACUGUGCUGAGCACGGCAUUGAGCAGUCGUUCACGCUUCCGGCCUCUCCACAGCAGAAUGGGGUUGCGGAGCGUCGCAUUGGCCUAGUCAUGGAGGUCGCCCGUACCUCCUUGAUCCAUGCGGCUGCCCCCCACUUUCUGUGGCCGUUUGCGGUCCGGUAUGCUGCGCAUCAGCUCAACCUCUGGCCCCGUGUCUCCAUGCCGGAGACCUCGCCCACGCUGCGGUGGACGGGGAAGGUUGGCGAUGCGUCGCGUUUCCGGGUCUGGGGAUCUCGAGCUUUUGUCCGCGACGCUUCCGCGGACAAGCUCUCCGCCCGUGCAGUUCCCUGUGUCUUCCUUGGCUUUGUCCCUGACGCGUCUGGUUGGCAGUUUUACCACGCCACCUCGCGCCGGGUCCUUGCCUCUCAGGACGUCACUUUUGACGAGUCCGUCCCCUACUACCGCCUCUUCCCCUACCGCACUGCCCCACUCCCCCCCCCGCCUCUCUUCCUCGCACCAGGUGCUGCUGUGGUAGACCCCCUCCCCCCUCAAGGUGCCGCUCCCUCAGAUGUGUCCCAGGUAGACCCGGUUGACCCUGUUGAGGUAGCUGUUGACUCUCGUCCUGCUGGGGGUGCGGAGCCUGGGGGUGCUGAGCCUGGGGGUGCGGAGCCUGCGGUUGCGGAGCCUGGGGGUGCGGAGUCUGGGGGUGCUGAGCCUGGACGUACUGAGCCUGGGGGUGCUGUGCCUGGGGGUGUUGAGCUGCAGAGUGUUGAGUCUGGGGGUGCUGAGCCUGGGAGUCCUGCGCCUGGGGGAGCUCUCUCCUCGGAGCGGCUGCGUGAGUGGUACUCAGAGUACUGCAGCCUCCGGAGAGGUGCCUCUGGGACCAGGAGUGCUGCUGCGACUGGUGCUGGUGCCUCCCCUCCUCAGCGGGAGCUGCCCUCUCUUGAGCGGAUCCGCGAGUGGUACGAGCGGCGCUGCACUCUCCGGAGUGGAGCGCCUGGUGUCGCGGACCCUGGUGCUGGAGGUGCUGCUGCUGUUGCUGGAGGUCCUGCUAGUACUGCUAGUGCUGCGGACCCUGGCGCUGGAGCUGCUGCUGGUGCUGCGGACCCUGGGGUUGGAGCUGCUGCUGGUACUGCGGACCCUGGAGCUGGAGCUGCUGCUGGUGCUGCGGACCCUGGAGCUGGAGCUGCUGCUGGUACUGCGGACCCUGGAGCUGGAGCUGCUGCUGGUGCUGCGGACCCUGGAGCUGGAGCUGCUGCUGGUGCUGCGGACCCUGGCGCUGGAGCUGCUGCUGGUGCUGCGGACCCGGGAGCUGGAGCUGCUGCUGGUACUGCGGACCCUGGAGCUGGAGCUGCUGCUGGUGCUGCGGACCCUGGAGCUGGAGCUGCUGCUGGUGCUGCGGACCCUGGCGCUGGAGCUGCUGCUGGUGCUGCGGACCCUGGAGCUGGUGCUGCUGGAGCUGCCGCGGGUGCUGGUGCCGUCUCUCCUGGUUCUGGAGUCACUGAGCGGCCCCGACCGUACUUCGUUCCGCUUCUCCAGCAGGUUCUUGUCGCAGUUACCGCCUCCCUCGCCGCUCCCCGGUCCUUCUCCUUACACUGGUCCCACAGGAGGUCUUACGGAGCGUCGUGA